AUGCGUUUUUCGAGCUCUUGUAUUCAAACAGCUCGGAAUAAGGGAAAACCCAGCCUUGCUGGUUUGGUCAUAAAGGCUUUUCUCGCUUUCAAUGGAAGCCUCGUCUUGUUGAGAGCAGCACUUAUUUACAUGAACAUUUUUCGCUUAUAUUCUUAUGCCGGCCUCAUCAAUCUUGCAAACAAUAUUCCAUGCUUUUAUUGUAUAGCCGUUAGUAGUCCUUCUAAUCUAGUUCGUGAAGUUCUUUAUAACUCUAAUUGGUGGUCUAUUUGCGAUUUCCGAUCGCGUGCUUUUAUAAUGCUUAAAUACCAAGGGACAUUGCGGGUUUACACAAGCAAUGUGAAAUCAUGCACCGACUACAAAACAAUUCGGGUGUCUACACAAUGCACAACGCGAUCUGUGAUCGGCACCGUGCUCGGCAAAUUCAAGAUCUCGUGCAAGGACGUGAACUUGUUUGAGUUGUGGAUGGAGGUGAACAUUUUGCUGCAGGAAAGGCAAAAAUUGGAGAGUGGACAUUUAGGUCACCACCAAAGGCAUUGGUAA